AUUAACUUUAAAUAAAAUAAAUAGAAAUUGUGGUUUUCGUCGUCUCUUUCUCUUCCGAUCCAAUCUUCUCCUCCUCCUUCUCUCUCUCGACAGAAACAAAGAAAACAGCUGAAACAUAUCAUCAUUUUCUCUCUCUACAUCAUAAAACCCUCUCUCUCUCUCUACCUGCUCCUAUCUUCUUCCCGAUAUAAACUUCUCGUUAUUUCAAAUCAUUCUUUAAAUGGGAAUACCAAUUUGUCAUCUCAUCUUCUGUUAUUCCGUUUUCGACUUCUAAUUUCUGCGAAUCUGAGCUUCCUUCUUCCUUUGUUCGAGCUUUUUAGUGGCGAUCUCCGUGAUCGGGUCUGUUUACUUGCUUACCUCCUUUCUCCGUUUCUAUUAGUCGCAUUUCUUCGAUUCGAGAGCAGCAGGUGGGGAAAUCAGUAGAGAAUCUGUGUUUUUUUAUAAUUUUUUUCCCCGAGGCUGCUCGAUUGUUUUGUAACUCCACGGUGCGAAUCUCGGGGCAAGAGAUUCGUGUUGUCCGUGAAAUCAACGAGCUUCGACUCUUUUCGUUGCCCCCUCCUCCCGUUAUUCGCUUACGGAGACGUGGUCAGGUUUUUUGGAGCAUCUUCGAUUUUGGUUGCGUGUGAAUUCGGCAUCUGUACUCUGGGAUUUCGGAAAUAGGUGAAUGCUCCGGCGAGAUAUUCCCUGAGCCAGCGGCUUUGGGCGGUAGAUCUGUAAGUCAAUAAGGAACGAGUAAUUUUUGAAAUCAGCUAUGACUACAUCGCCAUCGAUGGAGAAUGGAGGCUCGGCCUCCUCUGGAUCAUCUUCCCUUCAAGGCUGUAUGCAAGAAUUCAAACUCUUCGAGACUCAAUCGAAUUUCUACAUGAUUGGUUGGAAUGGGAGUGGAGUGUAUAGAGUGCUGAAGAUAGACCGUCUUGAUGCGUCUGAGCUUAACGUCAGUGAGGACUCGACUGCGUAUACAAAGAAAGAAUGCUACGAGUUGCUAAAACGGAUACACGAAGGAAACAAGGCGACAGGGGGACUGAAACUUGUCACUGUUUGUUAUGGCAUCAUCGGUUUCAUUAAAUUUUUGGGACCCUACUACAUGCUACUUAUUACUGAAAGAAGAGAGAUAGGUGAACUUUGUGGUCACAGGGUCUAUGAAGUGUCGAAGAGUGAGAUCAUUUCAUUGCAAAAUUCUAGUGUGCUUUGCAACAUUGCAAAUUCAAGAGACGAGAGCAGGUACAAGAGGCUCCUGUGUAUGGUGGACCUUACAAAAGACUUCUUUUUCAGCUAUUCUUACAAUAUUAUGCGAAGUUUCCAGAAGAAUAUAUGCGAUCAUGAGAGUGGGGGUGCUCUCUAUAAGAAAAUGUUUGUGUGGAACGAGUUCUUGACACGGGGAAUUCGACAUCAUCUUCGGAAUACCGUGUGGACUGUAGCAUUGGUGCAUGGUUUUUUUAAGCAGACAACUCUUUGUGAAGCUGGAAGGAAUUUCAAACUCACUCUUAUUGCUAGGCGUUCCCGCCAUAAUGCUGGAACCAGGUACUUGAAACGAGGUAUAAACGAAAGUGGCAAUGUUGCUAAUGAUGUCGAAACAGAGCAGAUAGUGUCUGAGGAUGUUCCUGAAGACCAUCCCAUGCAAAUAACUUCUGUUGUGCAGCAUCGCGGCUCAAUCCCUCUAUUCUGGUCACAGGAGACCUCACGGAUGAAUAUUAAGCCGGAUAUAGUAUUGUCAAAAAAGGACCUGAACUAUGAGGCAACUAGACUUCACUUUGAAAACCUUGUAGAGCGAUAUGGAACCCCCAUCAUUAUUCUGAACUUAAUCAAGACAAAGGAGAGGAGACCCAGGGAGUCGAUUCUCCGGGCAGAGUUUGCUAAUGCAAUUGACUUUAUAAAUAAAGAUUUGCCUGAAGAAAAUCGCCUAAGAUUCCUCCACUGGGACUUGCACAAACAUUUUCAGAGCAAAACAGCAAAUGUCUUGGCACUUCUUGGCAAAGUAGCUGCCUGUGCUUUGAUGCUAACAGGUUUCUUUUAUUAUCAAGUUACUCCAACAGUGAAGCUUGAGGGUUAUAUGAGCUUGUCUUCUUCUGAGGCCGACAUGUCUCCACAUAAUAGUUCUGAUGAUGAUAGUGGCGAAUAUGAUAUCAAGCCUGGCAAGCUCCAGAGGGGCGUGCUGAGAACCAAUUGCAUAGAUUGCCUUGAUCGGACAAAUGUUGCACAAUAUGCGUAUGGUUGGGCUGCUCUAGGGCAGCAGCUUCAUGCUCUGGGAAUUAGAGAUGCUCCAACAAUAGAACUUGAUGAUCCUUUGUCUAGCUCUUUAAUGGGGCUAUAUGAGAGAAUGGGAGAUACACUUGCUUACCAGUAUGGUGGAUCUGCAGCCCACAAUAAGGUUUUCAGUGAGAGGAGAGGCCAGUGGAGAGCAGCAACCCAGUCACAAGAGUUCUUGAGGACUCUGCAACGUUAUUAUAAUAACGCAUAUAUGGAUGCGGAUAAACAAGAUGCCAUAAAUAUAUUUCUUGGUACUUUCCAGCCUGAACAAGGAAGGCAGGCGGUUUGGGAGUUGCAUCCAGAUUCCCAAUCUAAUGGACGAAAUGGAGAUAUAAGCACGGGGGAAGAUGAAAGGUUUCUUGUGAAGAGGUGCUUAUCAGACGGGAAUAUUCUCCACGAAAGUCACACACCGAUGGCCACAAUGAGUAGCAAGCAUGAAAGCAUGUCACAUAGAGGCUUCGUGUCGUCACACCAAGAGACUAAUAUAAUUACAGAAUCAUCACCAGAUAUGCCAGCUGCUGGUGAUGUAGCAUUAUCGAGGUGUACUCCGUCAAUGCCUAGCACACAUUUUUUUGGAGAUGCGCGGAAGGUUCAACGUAAUGGUAGUAGCUCCAUAUACUUGUCCGAGCAGGAAGACAUGUCUAGUGUCUCAAAUUUUGUUGAUGUCGAGUGGCUUUCAUCGUCGGAAAAUCUAUGCGAGAACGACCAAUUGUACAGGCCGUCAGCGCUUACGAGAUAUUCAACCGCAGAAAUCUCAUCAUCGGAGAAUAUCAUCAGUGAAGCAAAACAGGUGACGCAAGCUGUGAGCGAGAGUGGAUCAAGUAGCAGGAAGGGAAAGGAACCAAUGGGAACCGAUCCGUCUGUACACACAAAGAUCCGAGAUGAUUUUACAGAUAGCUUCAAACAAUGGGUAGCAUAUGGAGAAGCACUCUGCCAUUGAAGCUCUUUCAACUUUCCAUUUCCAGCAAGAACAUACACUUAUUAUGGUCUUUUUUAUGGGUAUUACGUUGGGACUGGGCGAGAGAUGCACAGUACCACUUUAUCUGAAACUUGACGGUCAAAAGAGGUGUACACUAUUGAAGAGGAGCAAAUAAUAAAUAGCUGAGAAGCUUGAGUUUGCAGAGAAUAGGGAAAUUUUCAUCUUGUGAUCAUCUGAGACUUUUGUUAGGGUCUUUUAUUGUUUUGGUUUGAAGUCUCUUUUUGUAAAUAUUUGUUUCGUUAUUAAUCCAUCAUCCAUCUUGUAACUUGUUUUCCAUUGGUAAAAAUCCUGGAGAAAUAAAUAUUUUUGUCUCUCUUAAUAUUCCUUUUUCCUUUGAGAUAUCUGUUUCGUUAUUAAUCCAUCUUUGUAAGAUACUUAUUUUUCCGAAAAAUGUGAAUCCAUAAUUUCCAAUUAAUC